UUCCGAACAUCUGUUUGCUUGCAGCUCCCCGCCUGAAGUCCUCAACUCAGAUUAGUCUCACCGGUGACUCGUCAACCAUCACAAGCCAUUUCGACCACACCGAGGCAGGACAAGGCCUAUCUGCUCGUGUCACUCCACUCAAUUGUACAGGUCACAAGGUGUCGACAACAUGGGAAGUGCACCACUUCUCGACGUGGCAGCAAUGUGUGUCGAUCCCCCUUGGAUGCUGAGAUGCGCGUUGCACGUCUUACGAGGCCAAGCUGGCAGUUUACGAAAGCUGCCACUGCCAAUGAACCAAUCUCAGCAAUUCGCGAACAUCCUCGGCGAGACAAUCGCCCCUGCCCAGCCCCCUUUCACGAGGUUCUUGGCCUGUGAUUGUUGCCCCCCGGGAGCAUCAGAGCUGAGUCACCACAGCAACGCGCAGUGUCCGUGUGACGCCUUGUGGUGGCUGUUGCCUUGAUGGAGUCCUCGCCUGUGGCACACCAAAGAGGAGUACUUGAACUGCAAAGAUCAAGUCAACCGCGCCGGAGUCGACACAGUCCAAGUUCCAGUCCAGGUGGAGCACCUCCCCUUCGGCGAGCGUCCCGUCCCGCGAAUGUAACCUAUACGGGGCUCAUCUUUCUGGAACCAGAAGAAACUGGGUAGACUGACACUGGAUCUGCCUCUUUCAGCAAUCGUCCGCCUCCCAAGGCUUAUGACCUUCCAUCUCCAGCCUUGUUACCAUGGGGCUCGGGGGCUCGGAGAUCCUGGGUGUCCUUGGUUUGGAACUCGGUGUGGCCACCCGCUCGAGCAAAGGCACACACACACACACACACCCUCACAUGUGCAGUUUUUACGUGCACACACAUCAUGAUAUCUAUGGUACAGUACACACAUUGCGGUACAGUACCGCUGCGCCAAAGGGCAAAGCUGAGCCAGGCUGCCACGCACACCUUUGUCGCCGACACUUUUGCCCUGGACAGCGCCUCAUGUGCGCCUGGGGCCUGGCCCGCUUGUCCAACGCAGGCCCGGGCUGAGCAACGGCAUGUUGUUGUCCCGAUGACCGAAGCGCGGCUCCGUUGGCAGUCCCAACACCCGGCGCGUUGGUGUCUGCGGAGAGUGGUGAUGCCUCGGGGGUGGGCCUGGGCCCCGAGGUCAGUGGUGGCUUGCUGCCGAAGCCCUGCCCGCUGUCACGGCCCGAGCAUGUGCGUGCCUGGCACAAGCCUUGAUGCAAUCCUUCCGAGGGUCCACGGAGUGGGCCACGUUGCGUUGGUCCCUUGCUUGUUUUACAGACAAGCCGGCGAGGGCGUCGGCAAGCGCCAGAAUGAAGCCCCUGAGGCCCCUGAGGCCAUGGCCGGCGAGUGCAGGCCGCCCGCCACAUGGCAUAAAAACUCCACAGGGGCAGCCGACGUGGCGGUGCAGCGUCAGCAUUCGCUCCCUGCGUGUGUGUGCACCCAAGGCGCCCGACUCUGAAGCGCGCCCAAGGCAACCCGAUUUAUGCCCUGCAUAAAAGAUGCCAGAAAAAGGUAUAGGGCUGAAGGCUGAAGGGCCAGCAGGAUCAGUGAUCGCUAAUGCCCCAGUCGGGUGGAGGGAUCAUACGGACGCGAGUUCUGCCUACGGAGACGGCAUAAUUUAGCCCAUUUGGCAGCUGCACACUGCAGAGUGGCAGGCAGAGUGACUCACGCACUCACUGCCCAGGUGCCUAAGCAGGUACUCCGUCCACGCCGGAGUUAGUGCCUUCGAAGGAGUCAUCUCUGCCUAGCGGCCCUUUCUCUCUGUCACCUUCUCCCUGUCUCGUCCUCUUCUUAUUAAAGAACAAAGGGGUUCCCGGCCGGACCAAACUCUCGAGGGCCGUUGUGUGUUGCAUCGAAACCAAUUUGCGACGAUGACGACAACCAGAGCUACCACGGCUGCAGCCUGUAAGAAUCGUUGUUAACAGAAAGGGCAGAGUUGCUUGCCUUGAUUUUCUGGGGUCGUGCAUUGUCUCUCCACCCCAUCUCUUAUCGCCGUCUUAUCGCUCUUCUUCGCCGCCUCAAGGCUGCAGGUAUCCCCGUACCCAAGUACCGAAGUACCAAACCACCCAGGUACCCAGGUACCCCAACCUUUCCCGACUGACUCAGCGGGGACCGUCCUUUCUACGCACUCUGGUUGGCCAAGGCUCGCGACUGGGAGCUUGAACGGCAGAGCACAACAACUUUCGUGCUGGGACUGCGUUUCCGCCUGACCCAGACGAAGCAUCACCACCAUCACCUCACAAACGCCGCCUUUGUACGAGCUCCUGCGACCCGCGGCUCCCGCCCACGUAUUUAUUACUCUAGUAUAUCGCGUCUGUCACACGAGCAGACCCCACCCUUCCUACCUUUUUUUCCGACAUCGAUACCCGGUUGAGUCCGAAGCCGACAAAUAUCAACCAACCCACCCCGUCCUCUUCCGCGGCUAUCCGCUCCCUGCGCCACCGACCAAAAGUAUCCGAUUGAUCGACUUUCCCACCCCACCACCCGCGAGCCAUCGCGACGCUCCCUACCCAACCGGCGUCACGAUGAGUGUCGCCUACGAGCCGCGCUCGUUCCACGAGGACAGCCCAUAUGCCCCCGUCGGCGAGAACGACCAUGACAUGAACAAGUUCAUCAACGAGGCCAAUGUCGCCGACAUGGCAAACCUGGCCGCUGCCACAUACGAGCCUGCCAGCGAGUCAUCCCCAGCCGUCUUCGACCCGUCGCCCUCGCCUGCCCUCGAAUUACACCCUGUCGGUCCUCCCAACGUUGACCCUACCAAUGUCUCUGUUCGGGACUUGUCGCCAGCGGCUCCAAAUGCCUUCGGCUCAGCACAGCCUCAGCCCCAGCGCAUCAAGCCCAUAGCGAAGCCAAAUCGGGAGGUGACAAAGAGCGAGGAUGGCAAGUUCAUAUGCACGUGGGAGGGCUGCGCCGAGCUGGUCAAGAAGUUCCAGAGGAAGUGCGAGUGGAGUAAACACAUGGACAAGCACGAGCGCCCAUAUGUUUGCACCGCCAAGGGUUGCGAGAAGAUCCAAGGGUUCACGUACAGCGGCGGUCUCCUGCGACACGAGCGCGAGGUACACGGCAAACACGGAGGCCCCAAGAAGAAGCUCCUCUGCCCACACGUGAACUGCAAGAGGUCCAGCGGCAAGGGCUUCUCCCGCCAGGAGAACUUGGCCGAGCACCUGCGCCGCGUCCACACAACCACCGGCCCCAUGCAGAUGGACAGCCCGGGCGACAACAACACCGACGACAGCACUAGCGAUGUUGCGUCCGCCGCUCUCGCCGUCAUAACCAGCGUCGGCAUGAGCCCCGCGAACAUGGACCGCCUCUCCCCGGACGCAGCGGGCCACAACACCCACAACCACACCCACACCCACGCCAUCAAGCGCAAGCGCAGCUUCGACGAGGCCAUGGGCGACGACCCGGACGACCACCGGCCGGACGAGGACGUGCGCUCCGAGAACAAGCGGCUGCGCAAGGAGGUGGACGAGCUGCGGCAGCAGCUGGACGAGAAGAGCCGCGCCAACAGCGAGAUGCAGGCGCAGAUCCAGGCCAUCCAGAACGCCCUGGCCAACCCCACGCUCCAGACCCUGACGUUCCCACAACCGCCGGAGCUCUAGGGGGGCCUCGAGGAUGUCGGGGCCGCGCAGGGUGUCGGCGGUCGGCAGCAACGACAGCAGCAACCGCAACAGCAACCGCAACCGAAACGGCGGGAAUACCUGGAGGUGGACCCUGGUCCCUCAGCAGCAGCAUCGCCGCUCCAGCCCACCGACUCUGACUAUCCCUUGGAGCCGCUGGACCUCGCCGCGGUCUGCACGGAUCUGUCUUACUAUGACGAGCAGAACGGCUGGCAGUCCGCGUCCUAGCGAUGGGGGACGGGGAUUAGGGUUGCAAUCUGCUUGUUGUUGUCGACCGUCAUGAGGAGGACUUAUUUGGGUUUGCAUUGAAGGUGUUUGGUGAAGAGGUACUUUGGUUCUGUCUUGCUUGAUUUCCUUGUGGUGUUCUGGCGCGGUGAUAUCGGUUUCGUGGACUGAAGGCAGGCGCAGCUCGCAUGGCCUCCAUUCCAUCCGUCUCAUUGUCAAGCGCGGACUGAGGGACCGGGUCUGGAGUAGUUUUAUUUCCUUAUUUUGUUUGAUUUGGGGUGUUGUUGGACUGUUUUCCGGCGGGUAUUUUUUUCAGCGGUGCCCAACCGGUCGGUGUUAACAGCGAGGACUGGAUGGCACGGGCGUGUGCUUUUCUCUUUUGGACAACUCAAAGAUAUCCUUCCUGCCUUUGUUCUCUCUCUUCAUUUUUAGUAUCCAUCUCUGGAGGCGUUCAGGCAAGUGGGGAGGGGAGACCCGAGGUCCACUUGAUGAGUUUUUUUCUAUUUGGAACGGUCCUGCACACUGAGAUACCCCCAUUGUAGACGACGGAUGCAUACAGCCAGAAUUAGAUCCGCAGAUCAAUCUUCACGCCGCUCAACAAGUUGACUCUGUUGGCGCAUGUGGUCAUAGACUCUUCUAAA